UCCCCCCGCUCCCUUAGACUUUGCCAAACGGGGAGUCUUAUUUUAAUGGGACUAAACGGUGCAGUUGCAGACAUGGUGACCUGCAGGCCUGGAUGUACUUCUGAAAGAGGGAUUCUGGAGCUGAAAUUCAAAGUUCUUAUGGUCCACAGGGCUCAGGAUGGGUGUGGCAUGGUCUCUCCUGAGAACUGGAGGGGUCUCAACUGCUGGAGAAAGCCCUUCCUCACAGCAGACUGUCUGGUGGCAACUGAUGGAACCAGGGAAACCCCCACCCACCCUCAUCGCAUCCAAACAUCCACAGGGUUCCAUGAGGCAACAGGAAGGGCCACAGCUCAUUUCUGAGUCUUGACCCCUGCAUCCUGCUCCCUGCGACCUGACAGCCCAUCAUGCUUGGGCUAAGGGAAUCUUCCUGGACUCUGACCUGAGCUGAGAAUGUUGUCAGCAAGCAAAGGUCCCAGGGCAGGGGCAAAAGACACUCAGGAGCUGCAGACCUGUCUGUUUUCCAGGGGACAGGACUCCUUACCCCUGCCUGUCUGGGGUCUGUUCAGCUGCUGGUCGAGUGCCUGAGGUGGAAGUGCUCGCCUCUGCCUGUCUGUUGGGCCGCCCAGCCAGCCCGCCCACCAUUUGGAGGGCUGGCUGAUGCUCUUGGCUGCUGAGGGGCUCCCUGGAGGCUGGGCUGGGCUGGGUGUCAGGGGCUGGGCUCAGCUGCAGGAUGUUUUAGGGGUGAGGACAGAUAGUAAGGUAGCAUUACUGCCUGGGCUCUUUCCUACCUCUUGGGAGGGCCAAGCUACAGCUAUUUGCUACCGAACACCUUUUUUUAAUUAACUAAACAUCCCUCCCAUCUGGGCAGGAACAGGCUGAUGGCCUGACAAGCAGGGAGCCAGACUCCUACUGCCAACAACCAAAGAUUCCACAUUUCUAUGGGAUGGAAAGAGCCCCUGGAAGCCAGAGCGAGCCCCUCCCUGUUUAGCAGUGAAGACUGACACCAAAAGCAGGGAACGCCGGAGAGCAGCCUGCAGUGGAAAGUUGGAGCUGUGGUGUGUGGCAGGCGGAUACGGCAGCAGAGAGAGAGUAAGCCUCUUACUCUCCCUCUGAGCAGCUAGGGAGACUAAGACUCAGGACGUGGUGCGGCAUGGCUGGGACAAUGCAGCUCCUGGCUUGGCUAAUGGUAGCCAUUUGCCUCCUCCCAGGGGUGACUACAACCCGGCACUAUGCAGGCCCCAGCCCACCCCUUACAUGGCUCCCCUUGCAGCUGCUCUGGGCUGGGCUGGAGCUGGAUGUCAUGGGGCAGCUGUACAUCCAGGACGAGGAACUGGCAUCCACACGUCCAGGCCGCCGGCUCAGGCUCCUCCUUCAGCGCCACGUGCCCAGUGACUUGGAGGGUGCCAAGCAGCAGCUGCAGCAGUUCCAGAACCUGCGGAAGGGGCCUCCUCUUAGCCCUUGGGACUUUGAACAUCUGCUCCUCACAGGCCUUUCCUGUGUCUACCGGCUCCACAAGGCUAGCGAGGCUGAGGAGAGGGGUCGCUGGGCUGAGGUUUUCGCCCUCCUGGCACAGGAAACACUCUGGGACCUGUGCAAGGGCUUCUGCCCCCAGGGCCAGCCCCCUUCUCUGGGGCCCUGGGCCUCGAUCCUUGCUUGACUCCUUCCCCUGACCCUCCCCUUUCACAUCCCACCCCAAGCCAGACCCAUCCUGGGCAGAGGCUUCCAGCUGGCCCCUGGUUCAUCCCACUGUGCUCAGGUCUCUGGGCUUGGCUUGUACCCUGGACCCCAGCUUACCCCUCCCCCAUCUUCUUCCCUGGGCCCUGACAGGCUAAGAGGACAGGCUCUGGGUCCCAGGCAGCAGUGUGAGCGCGCGUGCGCGCAGGCUGUGUGUGUGUGUGUGUGGGUGGGUGUGUUGCGGUCAGGGUUGAGAUUCGGAGAUGCUGAAAGGGAAGCUGCCGUGUGUAUGCUGGGGUCGGGGUUGAGAAGUGUGUUUAAGAGAUGCCGAAAGGGAAGCUUCCCCCAAGUAAAGCCAGGUCAGACCCUCAAACUACCCCCCUGGCAGUCCAUGAGUGAUCCUGUGGCAUCUACAGGACCUUGUAAAUGCAGAGCACCCAGUCCUAAUUUAGAUACCCCUUUUAAGCCCAACCACUGCUCUGCGGUCCCUGAGCCUCCAAGUUCCCCAUAUGGACUAGGAAAAUAGACUGGACGUCAGUUCAGUCUGUUGGAGGAGUGGAAGGAAGAAGAUGGAGGAGAUGUUUUUUGGUCCAUCUCCACAGGCUCAGAGGAACAUCUCAGAGGAGGGAGUGAGGCUGGGAGGGGACUGAGAGAGACAAGCUGAGGCUGGCUGGUGCAGCCCUGCUCCUGUGUAGCUGUCCCAUAAAAUGUUCUCUUCUGGCCUCCUGGAGCCUGUGUCCUUCUAUGUCAGAGUAAGUUGUCUAACACCUGCCGUGAGCAAAUCACCCUCCCUAACCUGGGAGGGCGGAAGUCCGACAACCAGGUAUCAACAGCUCAUCCCACUGGCAUUUCCUGCUGGAAGAGGAAUGUGCUGUUUCCUUGAACCCCAGGCCCCCAGAGAGGUAGGAGGGUGUUGCCCCUUGUCAGGAAAAGGAAUCAGCUGGGCCCUAAGAGUGACGUCAUAGGCCAAUGAGGAGGAGUUAGAAGGGACUGACUAGAAAAGGACACGAAGGGGAGGCCCACAACGGGUUAGGUGAGUAGGGUACAAAUUCCCACCUCCUGGCCCUCCCAGGGCCUGAUGGAACCUGCCCUCUGCCCCCCGACCCCCACCCCCCGCCCCCAGACAAAAGUGUCGCAGACAAGACAGAGCGC